AUGUCCCCUGGGCUGCGGCUGCUGCUGCUGGCGCUGGCGCUGCGGGGGGAGGCGGUGCCACCCCCCGUGUCCCCCCCGGUGUCGCCCCCGGUGUCCCCCCCGGUGUCCCCUGCCCCCGAGCCGUGCGCGGCGGCGCUGGCCGAUGUGCUGAGGCGGCUGCGGGAGCUCGAGGGACACGUGCAGGCGCUCAGGGGACACUGCGGGGACAAGGGGGGACCCCAGGCCGGGACAGGCCGCUCGGUGCAGCUCUGCGCCCCCCCCGAGGGCGGUGGCUGCCCUUGCCCCGCCCCCUCCGGCGAGGCCCCGCCCCCGGCUCCGCCCCCCGCCGCGUGCCCCCGCGGCUGCAGCGACCAGGGCCGGUGCGAGCGCGGGCGCUGCCGCUGCUUCCCGGGCUGGAGCGGCCCCGACUGCGGCACCCCCGCCUGCCAGCCCGGCUGGGGCGGCGCCCGCUGCGACAUCGAGGUGCCCUGGGUGACGCCACGCUUGGCCUCCCGCACGCCGACGUCCCUGCGCAUCACCUGGCCCCAGCCCCUGGUCCCUCCUGAUGGCUACCGGGUGACACUCGUGCCCCUGGAUGACCCCGUGGCCAUGACGACGCACGAGCUGCCCAGCUCUGCUGUCGCCUUCUCGGUGACAGGGCUGUCCCCAGGCCGCCCCUUCGAGCUGCUGGUCCAGGCCCGGAGGGGGCCACACCUGGGGGCACCCGGGGUCCUGCGUCUGCGCACAGCACUCAUCCCGUCCGUGCCCCACCAUGAGGGGUCCCCGGGGUCGCCUCAGGGCUCCCUGGGGUCCCCAGCAGUGGCACCAUCAUCCCGAGGACCUCCAGAGUCCCCAGGGUCACUGGGCUCCCCAGGGUCACCGGUGUCACCCGUAUCACCAGAUUUGUCCUUGGGGUCACCUGGGUCUUUGGGGUCACCAGCAGCCCCCAAGGUUCCAGCAUCUCCAGCAGCUCGAGGGUCCCUGGGAUCCCCAGCACCCGCGAGGUCACCGGUGUCACCAGAAUCCCCAUGGUCACCAGUGUCACCAGAAUCCCCAUGGUCACCGGUGUCACCAGAAUCCCCAGGGUCACCAGCACCACCAGAAUCCCCAGGGUCACCGUCCCCAGAGUCGCCAGGGUCCCCUCCACCCCCGUGGUCCCCAGCGUCCCCGUGGCCCCCCCUGUCCCCAGGCAUCCCCUCCCUGCAGGACCUGGUGGCCCGGCUGUCCCCGUACAGUGGCUCCUUGCUCCAGCGUCUCGAGAGCCACCUCCGGGCCACCAACUUCCCUCUGCGUGGCAACCAGACCGUGCCAGGGGUGGCCCGAGCCAUCCUGGCCUACAUCCUGCGCCGGCACCCGAGCCUGGGGACAGGACAGGGACACACAGGGGAAGGUGGAAACCAGGUGCCAGUGCUGGAAUGGGGCGACUUGGACAGGAUGAAGCUGACGGAGCCGUGGAGGGACGUGGGGAAAACAGUCAAAGCCGAGCCAGAAGAGCAGCGUCCAUCCCGGCCAGUCCUGGGUGACCUCAGUGUCUCCAGUGUCAGCCCCAGCUCUGUGCAGCUGCACUGGAGCGUCCCCGAGGGCUCCUUUGACUCCUUCACGCUGCAGUUCCGGGAUGCCCAGGGCCAGCCCCAGGCCCUGCCCAUCGAUGGCGGCUCCCGCUCGGUGACAGUGCCAGGGCUGUCCCCGUCCCACCGGUACCGCUUCCACCUCUACGGGCUGCGGGGUGAGAAGAGGAUUGACCGUGUCUCCAUUGAUGUCAUCACAGCUGCAGAAGAGCCAGAGGAGCAGAACUUGCCCUCAGAGGAGCCCCAUGAGAAACCCCAACCUGAGUCCCCGGCAUCUGAGGCACUCCCAGCACGGGCGGUGCUGGGGGAGCUGAGAGUGUCCAGUGUCAGCCCCAGCUCUGUGCAGCUGCACUGGAGCGUCCCCGAGGGCUCCUUUGACUCCUUCACGCUGCAGUACCGGGAUGCCCAGGGCCAGCCCCAGGCCCUGCCCAUCGAUGGCGGCUCCCGCUCGGUGACAGUGCCAGGGCUGUCCCCGUCCCACCGGUACCGCUUCCACCUCUACGGGCUGAGGGGCAGGAAGAAGAUCGACCAUGUGUCCACCGAGGCUGUGACAGGCACAGAAGAGCCAGAGGAGAUGCUCCUGCCUUCAGAGGAGCAAAAACAUGAGAAACUUCAAACUGAGAGGCCCCCGUCUGAGGCCCCCAUGGUGCAGGCGGUGCUGGGGGAGCUGAGAGUGUCCAGUGUCAGCCCCAGCUCUGUGCAGCUGCACUGGAGCGUCCCCGAGGGCUCCUUUGACUCCUUCACGCUGCAGUACCGGGAUGCCCAGGGCCAGCCCCAGGCCCUGCCCAUCGAUGGCGGCUCCCGCUCGGUGACAGUGCCAGGGCUGUCCCCGUCCCACCGGUACCGCUUCCACCUCUACGGGCUGAGGGGCAGGAAGAAGAUCGACCAUGUGUCCACUGAGGCUGUGACAGCUGCAGAAGAGCCAGAGGAGCUGCCCCUGCCCUCAGAGGAACCGCAGCAUGAGAAACCCCAAACUGAGGCCCCCACAUCUGAGGCCACUCCAGCACUGGGGGAGCUGAGAGUGUCCAGUGUCAGCCCCAGCUCUGUGGGGCUGCACUGGAGCGUCCCCGAGGGCUCCUUUGACUCCUUCACGCUGCAGUACCGGGAUGCCCAGGGCCAGCCCCAGGCCCUGCCCAUCGAUGGCGGCUCCCGCUCGGUGACAGUGCCAGGGCUGUCCCCGUCCCACCGGUACCGCUUCCACCUCUACGGACUGAGGGGCAGGAAGAAGAUCGACCGAGUCUCUAUUGACAUUAUCACAGGUGAGAUGGAAGGUCAGAGGGAUGGUCCAGCACGGGCGGUGCUGGAAGAGCUGAGAGUGUCCAGUGUCAGCCCCAGCUCUGUGCAGCUGCACUGGAGCGUCCCCGAGGGCUCCUUUGACUCCUUCACGCUGCAGUACCGGGAUGCCCAGGGCCAGCCCCAGGCCCUGCCCAUCGAUGGCGGCUCCCGCUCGGUGACAGUGCCAGGGCUGUCCCCGUCCCACCGGUACCGCUUCCACCUCUACGGGCUGAGGGGCAGGAAGAAGAUCGACCGUGUCUCUAUUGACAUUAUCACAGGUAAACCCCAAACUGAGGCCCCCACAUCUGAGGCCACUCCAGCCCUGGAGGAGCUGAGGGUCUCCAGUGUCAGCCCCAGCUCUGUGCAGCUUCACUGGAGCGUCCCCGAGGGCUCCUUUGACUCCUUCACGCUGCAGUACCGGGAUGCCCAGGGCCAGCCCCAGGCCCUGCCCAUCGAUGGCGGCUCCCGCUCGGUGACAGUGCCAGGGCUGUCCCCGUCCCACCGGUACCGCUUCCACCUCUACGGGCUGAGGGGCAGGAAGAAGAUCGACCGUGUCUCUAUUGACAUUAUCACAGCCCCGCCAUCUGAGGACAACCAACCUGAGCAGCCCCAAACUGAGGUUCCCCCGGCACGGGCGGUGCUGGCAGAGCUGAGGGUCUCCAGUGUCAGCCCCAGCUCUGUGCAGCUGCACUGGAGCGUCCCCGAGGGCUCCUUUGACUCCUUCACGCUGCAGUACCGGGAUGCCCAGGGCCAGCCCCAGGCCCUGCCCAUCGAUGGCGGCUCCCGCUCGGUGACAGUGCCAGGGCUGUCCCCGUCCCAGCGGUACCGCUUCCACCUCUACGGGCUGAGGGGAGGCAAAAGGAUUGUCCGAGUCUCCACCGACACGGUCACAGCAGCAUCCCCGGCAUCUGAGGCACUCCCAGCACGGGCAGCCCUGGGGGAGCUGAGAGUGUCCAGUGUCAGCCCCAGCUCUGUGCAGCUGCACUGGAGCGUCCCCGAGGGCUCCUUUGACUCCUUCACGCUGCAGUUCCGGGAUGCCCAGGGCCAGCCCCAGGCCCUGCCCAUCGAUGGCGGCUCCCGCUCGGUGACAGUGCCAGGGCUGUCCCCGUCCCAGCGGUACCGCUUCCACCUCUACGGGCUGAGGGGCAGGAAGAAGAUCGACCAUGUGUCCACUGAGGCUGUGACAGCCCCGGCAUCUGAGGCCCCUCCUGCACGGGCAGUGCUGGGGGAGCUGAGGGUCUCCAGUGUCAGCCCCAGCUCUGUGCAGCUGCACUGGAGCGUCCCCGAGGGCUCCUUUGACUCCUUCACGCUGCAGUACCGGGAUGCCCAGGGCCAGCCCCAGGCCCUGCCCAUCGAUGGCGGCUCCCGCUCGGUGACAGUGCCAGGGCUGUCCCCGUCCCAGUGGUACCGCUUCCACCUCUGUGGUUUGCAGGGAAGGAAGAAGAUUGACCGUGUGUCCACCGAUGUCAUGACAGCUGAACCCCCCACACCUGAGGCCCCUCCUGCACGGGCAGUCCUGGGUGACCUCAGUGUCACCAGUGUCAGCCCCAGCUCUGUGCAGCUGCACUGGAGCGUCCCCGAGGGCUCCUUUGACUCCUUCACGCUGCAGUACCGGGAUGCCCAGGGCCAGCCCCAGGCCCUGCCCAUCGAUGGCGGCUCCCACUCGGUGACAGUGCCAGGGCUGUCCCCGUCCCAGCGGUACCGCUUCCACCUCUACGGGCUGAGGGGUGAGAAGAGGAUCGACCGUGUGUCCACCGAGGUCAUGACAGCCAGCGAAGAACCUUUGCCCUCAGAGGAGCCCCAUGAGAAACCCCAGCCUGAGGCCCCGGCAUCUGAGGCACUCCCAGCACGGGCGGUGCUGGGGGAGCUGAGAGUGUCCAGCGUCACCCCCAGCUCUGUGCAGCUGCACUGGAGCGUCCCCGAGGGCUCCUUUGACUCCUUCACGCUGCAGUACCGGGAUGCCCAGGGCCAGCCCCAGGCCCUGCCCAUCGAUGGCGGCUCCCGCUCGGUGACCGUGCCAGGGCUGUCCCCGUCCCACCGGUACCGCUUCCACCUCUACGGGCUCAGGGGAGGCAAAAGGAUUGUCCGAGUCUCCACCGACACGGUCACAGCAGCAAAACCCCAAACUGAGGCCCCAGCAUCUGAGGCCACUCCAGCACUCAAAGACAUGAGAGUGUCCAGUGUCAGCCCCAGCUCUGUGCAGCUACACUGGAGCGUCCCCGAGGGCUCCUUUGACUCCUUCACGCUGCAGUACCGGGAUGCCCAGGGCCAGCCCCAGGCCCUGCCCAUCGAUGGCGGCUCCCGCUCGGUGACAGUGCCAGGGCUGUCCCCGUCCCACCGGUACCGCUUCCACCUCUACGGGCUGAGGGGCAGGAAGAAGAUCGACCAUGUGUCCACUGAGGCUGUGACAGGUGAGGGGGGAGAAAGGGCCCCCACAUCUGAGGCCACUCCUGCACGGGCAGUGCUGGAAGAGCUGAGAGUGUCCAGCGUCACCCCCAGCUCUGUGCAGCUGCACUGGAGCGUCCCCGAGGGCUCCUUUGACUCCUUCAUGCUGCAGUUCCGGGAUGCCCAGGGCCAGCCCCAGGCCCUGCCCAUCGAUGGCGGCUCCCGCUCGGUGACAGUGCCAGGGCUGUCCCCGUCCCAGUGGUACCGCUUCCACCUCUACGGGCUGAGGGGCAGGAAGAAGAUCGACCAUGUGUCCACCCAGGCUGUGACAGCCCCGCCAUCUGAGGACAACCAACCUGAGCAGCCCCAAACUGAGGUUCCCCCGGCACGGGCAGUGCUGGAGGAGCUGAGAGUGUCCAGUGUCAGCCCCAGCUCUGUGCAGCUGCACUGGAGCGUCCCCGAGGGCUCCUUUGACUCCUUCACGCUGCAGUACCGGGAUGCCCAGGGCCAGCCCCAGGCCCUGCCCAUCGAUGGCGGCUCCCGCUCGGUGACAGUGCCAGGGCUGUCCCCGUCCCAGCGGUACCGCUUCCACCUCUACGGGCUGAGGGGCAGGAAGAAGACCGACCGAGUCUCCACCGACAUUGUGACAGCUGCAUCCCCGGCAUCUGAGGCCACUCCAGCACGGGCAGUGCUGGAAGAGCUGAGGGUCUCCAGUGUCAGCCCCAGCUCUGUGCAGCUGCACUGGAGCGUCCCCGAGGGCUCCUUUGACUCCUUCACGCUGCAGUUCCGGGAUGCCCAGGGCCAGCCCCAGGCCCUGCCCAUCGAUGGCGGCUCCCGCUCGGUGACAGUGCCAGGGCUGUCCCCGUCCCACCGGUACCGCUUCCACCUCUACGGGCUGAGGGGCAGGAAGAAGAUCGACCAUGUGUCCACCGAGGCUGUGACAGCCCCAAACUGAGCAGCCCCAAACUGAGUCCAACCAGGGACAGUUGUGCUGGGGAAGUUGAGAGUGUCCAGUGUCAGCCCCAGCUCUGUGCAGCUGCACUGGAGCGUCCCCGAGGGCUCCUUUGACUCCUUCACGCUGCAGUUCCGGGAUGCCCAGGGCCAGCCCCAGGCCCUGGCUGUUGAUGGCAGCUCCCGGUCGGUGACAGUGCCAGGGCUGUCCCCGUCCCACCGGUACCGCUUCCACCUCUACGGGCUGCGGGACAGGAGGAGGAUUGACCGCGUGUCCACCGAUGUUGUCACAGCUGAGGCCCCUCCAUCUGCGGCUCCCCCAGCACGGGCAGUGCUGGAGGAGCUGAGAGUGUCCAGUGUCAGCCCCAGCUCUGUGCAGCUACACUGGAGCGUCCCCGAGGGCUCCUUUGACUCCUUCACGCUGCAGUACCGGGAUGCCCAGGGCCAGCCCCAGGCCCUGCCCAUCGAUGGCGGCUCCCGCUCGGUGACAGUGCCAGGGCUGUCCCCGUCCCACCGGUACCGCUUCCACCUCUACGGGCUGAGGGGCAGGAAGAAGAUCGACCAUGUGUCCACCGAGGCUGUGACAGGAGCUGCAGAAGAGCCAGAGGAACUGCCCCUGCCCUCAGAGGAACCGCAGCAUGAGAAGCCCCAAACUGAGGCCCCCAAAUCUGAGGCCACUCCUGCACGGGCAGUGCUGGGGGAGCUGAGAGUGUCCAGUGUCAGCCCCAGCUCUGUGCAGCUGCACUGGAGCGUCCCCGAGGGCUCCUUUGACUCCUUCACGCUGCAGUUCCGGGAUGCCCAGGGCCAGCCCCAGGCCCUGCCCAUCGAUGGCGGCUCCCGCUCGGUGACAGUGCCAGGGCUGUCCCCGUCCCACCGGUACCGCUUCCACCUCUACGGGCUGAGGGGCAGGAAGAAGAUCGACCAUGUGUCCACCGAGGCUGUGACAGGUGAGGGGGGAGAAAGGGCCCCCAAAUCUGAGGCCCCUCCUGCACGGGCGGUGCUGGAGGAGCUGAGAGUGUCCAGUGUCAGCCCCAGCUCUGUGCAGCUGCACUGGAGCGUCCCCGAGGGCUCCUUUGACUCCUUCACGCUGCAGUUCCGGGAUGCCCAGGGCCAGCCCCAGGCCCUGCCCAUCGAUGGCGGCUCCCGCUCGGUGACAGUGCCAGGGCUGUCCCCGUCCCACCGGUACCGCUUCCACCUCUACGGGCUGAGGGGCAGGAAGAAGAUCGACCAUGUGUCCACCGAGGCUGUGACAGCUGGGUCCCCAUCAAGUGACACCCCCCCGGCACGGGCAGUGCUGGGGGAGCUGAGAGUGUCCAGUGUCAGCCCCAGCUCUGUGCAGCUGCACUGGAGUGUCCCCGAGGGCUCCUUUGACUCCUUCACGCUGCAGUUCCGGGAUGCCCAGGGCCAGCCCCAGGCCCUGCCCAUCGAUGGCGGCUCCCGCUCGGUGACAGUGCCAGGGCUGUCCCCGUCCCACCGGUACCGCUUCCACCUCUACGGGCUGAGGGGAGGCAAAAGGGUUGGCCGAGUCUCCACCGACACCCCCCAAACUGAGUCCCCGGCAUCUGAGGCCACUCCAGCACGGCCAGUGCUGGGGGAGCUGAGAGUGUCCAGUGUCACCCCCAGCUCUGUGCAGCUGCACUGGAGCGUCCCCGAGGGCUCCUUUGACUCCUUCACGCUGCAGUUCCGGGAUGCCCAGGGCCAGCCCCAGGCCCUGCCCAUCGAUGGCAGCUCCCGCUCGGUGACAGUGCCAGGGCUGUCCCCGUCCCACCGGUACCGCUUCCACCUCUACGGGCUCAGGGGUGAGACCAGGACUGACCCCGUCUCCACUGAGGCCGUCACUG